AAGCUAAAAAGUAAAGAAUUAAAAUAAAGAAUACUGAAAAAUUAAAAUAAAGACUACUACAAAUUCAGAAGUGGGAUCAAGAACAGAAAAAAUGGAUAUAGUUGGUGAUAAUUAUGCAAUGGCGGUAUUAAAAAAAUGGCUUGGCGAAUUGGGUUUGUCCACAAAAGGCACAAAAGCUGAGUUGCUGGUGCGUCUUAAUGCUGUACCAGCAGCAGAACGUGGAAAUGCACCAAGAGUGGACAAUUUGGAGGAUGAUCAUCUGGUGGCGGAGACAAGACGCGUAAUUCAAUCGCAACAAGCUGAAAUGUUUAAAGGAACAGAAGCGUUGGCAAAUUUGUACAAAGAAAUCGAGGCCGCUAAGAAUGUUCUGGAACAAUUACGCAUGCAUGGACGAAACCAAGAGUUAGAGGGAGACGACGAUACAUCAUGCCAAGACGUAGAAGAUGAUGCUCAAGGAAAUGCAAGUUGUGAAAUUCAGCGAAAUGUGGCAGCUGAAAAAAAUUUCGGUGACUGGGCAUCCAUGGCGUUUUCAUUGGCCAAAGAGAUUUUAAUGGAGUACGAUGGAAAUACACCAGUGCGAAAUUGGAUUGCUCAGUUUGACAAUAUUACACAAUUGCACAAGUUGAACGACAUGCAGCGACAAUUAUUAUGUAUUGCAAAGCUUAAAGGAAAAGCGUUGCAGUGGCUGCAUGCAGAUCCGGUACGUGUGGUGAAGCCUAUAAACCAAGUUUUGGAUCAACUGAAGGAGGCGUUUGGUGGAAAACUUCCGAAAAUUGAGCUACGUCGGAAAUUUGCUGGACGAAUGUGGAUAUCGGACGAAAAUUUCAGCGUAUACUUUGAGGACAAGUGCAUGUUGGCUCGAGAUUUGGAUAUGGACGACGAUGAGUUAUUAGAUGGCAUUAUCGAGGGAAUACCACAUGAAAAUCUACGCAUCCAGGCAAAACUACAGUGCUUUGAUAAUCCGGCGAAGAUGCGGCGAGCAUUUGCGGAUGUUGCCUUACCUAGGCAGAGUGGUUUGCUGAUGAAGUCGGAAGCAGCGAAGGGCAGAGAUAUAAAAGAAAAUUCUCGUUGCUUCAAUUGCAACUCCAAGGGACAUUGGGCACGAGAUUGCAGUAAGCCAAAGAGGAAGCCGGGAUCUUGCUACGGAUGUGGUGACGAAGGGCAUUUAAUGGCGCAGUGCCCGAAGAGGAAGGUGAAGACGGAGGACAGCGGUGUAAACAAUUUUAAUGCCUCAUAGACUCGGGCAGCCCUGUUUCGUUUAUUAAACAAAAAUGUAUUCCAACAAAUAUUAAAUUACACACACAUGAAGUGUUAUAUUUUGGAUUAAAUGAAAGCCAAUUAAAUGUGUUCGGAAAAAUAUUUUGUCACAUUUUCAAGAACAGUAAUAAAAUUAAUUUUGAUUUAAAAGUGGUGCCUAACGAGUCUAUGAGAUGGAAUAUUGUUUUAGGUAGAGAUUUUAUGGAACUUUAUGGUAUAAAAUUAUAUUUAAGUGAACUUGAUGUGAAUGGUAAUGAGCGUACUGAAAGCCUAUUAGAUGGUAAAGACAACAUAAGGCCAAACUUGGAGCAGGAAGGAAUAAAUGAAGUGGAGUUAGUGGAAGCAGCAGAUCAAUUGUUAGAAAAUAGUGAAAUGAAUAUGGAUUGUGAAAAGGUAAAAAACAAAUUGGUUGAUAAAUCGUUAGCAGAAAAUUGUUUGUUAGAUAGGAAAUUGUUAGAGAGUAAAUUGUUAGAGAGUAAAUUGUUAGGUAAUAGAUUGUUAGAUAAUAGAUUGGUAGCUAGUAAAUUGUUAGAUGAAAAGUCAAAGGAAUUAGUUAGAGGAGUGUUAGAAGAAAAUUUUCAAAGUAGCAUGAUGCAAAUUAAUGUAGUGGAUUCUGAAAGAGAAUAUAAGAUUGGGACACAAGUGGAUUAUGCAUUAAGAGCAAAAUUUAUAAAAAUGUUAGAAAGCACUUAUAUAAAUGCAAAGAAGCAAGCAAAUCCCAAUAUUAGGGGCGAGAUGAAAAUUAUUUUAGAAAAAGAAAAACCAUUUAGUUGUUCACCUAGAAGACUAUCAUAUGCGGAAAAAGAAAAACUACAACUUAUGUUAGAUGAAUACCUAAAAGAGGGUAUUAUACAACCCAGUAGUUCAGAAUAUGCCUCAGCAAUUGUUUUAGUAAAGAAAAAAACGGGGGAUCUUAGAAUGUGUGUCGAUUUUAGACGGCUUAAUAAAAUUAUGGUUAGAGAUAAUUAUCCGUUGCCUUUAAUAGACGAUUUGUUAGAUAAACUUGUAGGAAAAAAUAUAUUUACGAAACUUGAUUUAAAAAAUGGGUACUUUCACGUAUUUGUGGAUAAGGACUCGGUUAAAUACACUUCGUUUGUGACGCCAUUGGGCCAAUACGAAUUUUUAAAAAUGCCGAUGGGGCUUAAAACUGCCCCUCAAGUAUUUCAAAGAUUUGUUAAUACUGUAUUUGCGGACAUGAUUAGAGAAAAUGAGGUUAUAGUUUAUAUGGAUGAUAUAAUGGUCGCAAGCAAAGAUAUAGAUGAACAUUUUGCAAUUUUAGAGAAAGUUUUGAUUCGAUUGGCAGAAAAUAAACUAGAAUUAAGGUUAGAUAAAUGUGAGUUUAUGCAGGAUUGUGUUAAAUAUUUGGGUUUUCAUAUAUCUAAAGGUUGUAUUCGAGCCGAUGAUAAGGGUUUAGAAGCUAUUAAGAAUUUUCCUAUGCCUGAUAAAGUUCAAUCAGUGCAGAGUUUUCUAGGAUUAUGUUCUUAUUUUAGAAGGUUUAUUAAAGAUUUUUCUAUUAUUGCAAAACCUCUGUAUGAUUUACUUAGAAAGGAUAGAAAAUUUAAUUUUGGUGAAAAGGAGCUUAAUUGUUUUUUAUGUUUAAAAGAAAAAUUGUUACAAGCGCCAGUUUUGUCAAUUUAUGAUCAUAGAGAUGACAUUGAAUUGCAUUGUGAUGCCAGUGCCUUGGGGUUUGGAGCGGUACUUUUUCAGAAAAAGGCAGAUGAAAAAUUUCAUCCUAUUUUUUAUUUUUCGAAGCGCACAUCAGAAACAGAAGCAAAGUACCAUAGCUUUGAGUUAGAAACUUUAGCGAUAAUCUAUGCUUUAAGAAGAUUCAGAAUAUAUUUACAGGGAAAGCGUUUUAAAAUUAUUACUGAUUGUAACUCAUUAGCUUUGACUUUAAAUAAAAUUGAUUUAAAUCCAAGGAUAGCAAGGUGGGCGUUGGAGUUACAAGAAUUUGAUUAUGAAAUAGUUCAUAGAGUUGGAAG